AUGUUCUUUUUUUUGCAAAGUAAUCGAGCGGAGUUAAUACGUGGCCUAGAGGUUCACUUAUCAAUGAUUCUAUUAAACAAAUUUCAACUGUUUUUAAUAAUUUAUAUGAAAUCUUUGGUCUUGACUGCGACAGUAGGUAGUCAGGAAGAAGAGUGCGAUCAAAACAAACCAGCAGAAGGCGAAACAACUUCGAUGAAAGUCGGUUUGGUGAAUACUUAAAAUGUACUCUGUGGCGUCUACAGCCGGUUAUUUUGUCUCUAGAAAGUUAGCAAACAAAAACCGACCACCCCGACGUGGGGGUAAAAAAUCUCUAGUAAUUGACCCUUCGACUUACAUAACGGGUAAAGAAAUCAAGAUUAACGUCAGUGGUGCAAUGUUCCAUAUACACGAAUCUUAUCUGAAUCAGCAUCCUGAUACACUCCUUGGAAGCGCAGAAAGAAAUUACUUUUAUGAUGAAGAUGCUAGUGAAUAUUUCUUUGACCGCGAUCCGUACAUGUUUCGGUUUAUUCACAAGUAUUACAAGACGGGGAAGCUGCAUUUUUCGGAUAAUGAUUGCUAUGAAUCGUUCAAUGAUGAGAUGGAAUUUUUUCGCAUCAAUCCUGACGAAGUGGCGCCUUGUUGUAGCGACAGCUACGAGAUACAAUUAUUACAAAAACUGGAAAAAGAAAAGAAAAUCGAGGUUAUCAAAAGAAUACCUCCUCAGAAUUUCCGCGAAUUGUGUUGGGAAUUUACCGAAGAGCCUCAAUUCUGUCUCUCCGCCACGGUGUUUUAUUAUAUCAGUUGCUUAAUUAUUACACUCUCCGUUGCGUUAAAUUCCGCAGAAACAGUCCCGUGUAAUACCUUUAAAUUAAACGGGACAAUCAUUAGUGAAAGGUGUGGGGAAGUGCACGAUGAAAUUUUUUUUACCAUAGAUUCGACAUGCGUUGGAUUUUUUACUUUAGAAUAUUUACUGAGGCUUUAUGGUACACCGAAUCGCUUGAAAUUUGUUAAAGGUUUUAUGUCUGUUGUGGAUAUUUUAUCAAUUCUACCCUACUUCAUUGACUUGACGUUAGCUCUCUUAAGUGUCGAAAACAAUGCUUCGGUAACAAGCUCACUUGUCGCAUUGCGUUCCCUUCGUAUAUUUCGCAUAUUCAAACUCGCAAGACAUUCGAAAAGACUUCGAGAUUUAUCCUCUUCAAUAAAGAACUCUGCGAGUGAGCUCGGCUUUAUAGUGUUUAUGUACUUCAUCGUUGUGAUUGUUUUUGCAAGUAUUAUAUACUACGCAGAAAACAUGGGAGGCGAAAAUACGAAGAUUGAUAGCAUACCAGAGGCGAUAUGGUAUACUGUUGUGACAACCACAACUUUAGGGUACGGAGAUAUCGUUCCAAUAACGGUUCAGGGGAAGCUGAUUGGUUCAAUGUGUUGUUUGAUGGGUGUCUUAGUCAUUGCACUUCCAGUACCGAUCAUCCAAAUGAAGUCAAACACACUGGAUGCGAAAGACAUACAAUCGUGAAGACUCAAAAUAAUGACAUCAAAGAUGUAAAUUUUAUUACAUCCCUAUCAGCUUGUACAUAGUAUUUUCACGGUAAAAAUAUAAUACACAAAGUUUUAAUAAAAUUCUCGUACAAAAAAGUUA